CAAAUUACACCAAACACACAUACACACACACACACACACACACACACACCUCGCAUGACACUCACCUCACAUGCAUGACAGGUAACUAUUGCAUGACGCCUCAGCACACCCCCACCACUCCCAACAGGCACCCCUCACCCCACAGCCCACAGCCCACACCCCAGUCAGUGACCCGGAGGUGCUGACGAUGCGGUAAUAAGGUCACUGCCCAGCACAGCACUCAACACUUCACUCAGCACGGGAGGUCAGGAGUCAGCGUUGUCAUGUCGCCUCGCUGUGCUGACUUUAUGCCUCCUGCAGCACAAGACACGCCCAGCACCAGAGAGGGAAGUAUGUGCCCCGCUGCGUGUUGGUUGACCUGGAGCCCGGGACCAUGGACUCCGUGAGGGCAGGACCACUGGGACACCUCUUCAAGCCCGACAACUUCGUAUUCGGCCAGAGCGGGGCAGGAAACAACUGGGCCAAGGGUCACUACACAGAGGGCGCCGAGCUGGUGGACUCAGUGAUCGAGAUGGUGCGUAAUGAGUCCGAAAACUGCGACUGUCUUCAAGGGUUUCAGCUGACGCACUCUCUCGGGGGCGGCACGGGGUCUGGCAUGGGCACGCUGCUCAUCUCACGCAUCAGGGAGGAGUACCCAGACAGGAUCAUGAACACCUUCUCCGUCAUGCCCAGUCCCAAGGUCUCGGACACUGUGGUGGAGCCUUACAACGCCACUCUGUCAGUCCAUCAGCUGGUCGAGAACACGGACGAGACUUACUGCAUUGACAACGAGGCUCUAUAUGACAUCUGCUUCAGGACACUCAAGCUCUCUACGCCCACUUACGGGGACCUCAACCACCUCGUGUCCCUUACCAUGUCCGGAGUCACCACCUGCUUGCGUUUCCCGGGCCAACUGAACGCGGAUCUGCGCAAACUAGCUGUAAACAUGGUCCCCUUCCCUCGCCUUCACUUCUUCAUGCCUGGCUUCACUCCACUCACCGCCAGAGGGUCCCAACAGUUCCAGAAGAUGUCAGUCCCGGAGCUCACCACGCAGAUGUUUGACGCGAGGAACAUGAUGGCAGCCUGCGACCCCCGCCACGGCCGCUACCUCACCGUCGCCACCAUCUUCAGGGGCCGCAUGUCAAUGAAGGAGGUGGACGAGCAGAUGCUGAGUGUCCAGAACAAAAACUCAGCCUAUUUCGUGGAAUGGAUACCUAACAAUGUGAAGACAGCCGUGUGUGAUAUUCCGCCAAGGGGGAUGAAAAUGGCCGCUACCUUCAUUGGGAACUCCACCGCCAUCCAGGAGCUGUUCAAGCGCAUCUCAGAGCAGUUCACCGCCAUGUUCCGCCGCAAAGCUUUCCUGCACUGGUACACGGGCGAGGGCAUGGACGAUAUGGAGUUCACGGAGGCGGAGAGCAACAUGAACGACCUGGUGAGCGAGUACCAGCAAUACCAAGACGCCACCACUGAUGACUACGAGGACGAGGACGAAGAAGAGGAGCCGGAAUACGCUUAGUUGGUAACAGUGUCGGAUUCGAAUAAGGUGUUAAGACGCUUUUAGAAGAUACGACACGAUGCACUGAAGAUUCCGACUACUAGAUACUACUACUACUACUACUACUACUACUACUACUACUACUACUACUACUACUACUACUAUGAACAGGCUCCAGGGAAGUCAUGUAGGCUGGUUUUCAUGAUCCUAGUAAUGAUUCAGGAAGGAUUUAACACUUUUAAAUAGGCUCUAGUGGAAGUUGUAAGGAUUUUCUAGGCUGUUUCCAAUACCACAAUAUGAAAAGGCUCUAGUUAGUAUCGUUAAGGAUAUUUUCACACCUCAAGGCUUUUAACUGGCUCUGGAGAAAGUUGUAAGGGUUUUAAGAGUGUUUUUAUGACCUUAGCAAAUAGUUUAAGGAUUCUACGUCGCUAGUGGAAGGGAAACACACACAGAGAACAUGAUUGACAUUUUCUACGGCCUCUGAAAGCACUCUAACUCAGGCGCCUCCGAAAGCAGCUCAAGAGGGGGUUUUCAAGGGCGUUUCCAUAGUGUCCUGUGGUUCUUGUCAAGUUCCCGCGGCUUGUAUUGCAGCAGGAAGGAUACACAGACUAAUAACUUUCCCUGAUCGUGUGUGUAAUGUGUAAUAGAAAAUGUGAUUGAAUUCGUAACUCGUUUUCUAAGUCGUGUCUUCUAUGGGGGUCUUAAGAAUAUGUUUGCUUUGUGUUUGGCGUUCCUUCAGCAGGCAGCAGACAGCAGGUGGUACAGUACAGACACUUUGCAGACAGCAGGUAACAGACAGACAGACGGACAACUAGAUGAAAACAGCACGUAAUCAACUAAACAGCAGGCCAGAAAAGACAAUAUACGAGAAGGAACAGACAGACAGAUAAACAGACAGAAACACACACACACACACACACACACACACACACACACACACAGACGUCGCACAAGUUGGAACAUGAAGUGAAAAUUAUAAAAUUGAAUAAAACUUGAUGAACCAAC